AUGGACAACCAGUGUCAACUCAAUGAGAAGGACAAUUUGAUCGAAAAGGAUGAUCAGCUACAAAAGAAUGUUGAGAGAAUCUCCGAGCUAGAGAGCAAGCUCAAAGAGGCCAAGAAGUCCCUUGAAAAGCAUGAGGAGGCCUUGCAAUUUCUCGAUCUUGACCUCAAUAAGAUCACAAUUGAGGUAGCUUUGGAGGCAAUAGCCGAGGUGACUUCUGGAGCUAUUGCCACCCAACUUCCUAUAACCCCCUCCUUCGAGAUGCCUUCGACCAAGAUCCCAUCCAGUCCGAUUGAGGUCACUAUCAUAGAAGCUCUUUCGGAGAAAAAGGCCAAGGAAGAAACCAGCUUGGCUCCUCCUAAAGAAGAACCUAGCUCGAUGGCUCCUGCCAAGGAAGAACCCAGCUCGACGGCUCCUCCAGUAGAAGAUCCUCAGGCCAAAGCCUGA